CUUUUUUCAGUUUAGUUUUUAGUGUUCAUCAUGACAAAAUAGAUUUAUUUUAGAUUUAUAGAUCUAUUUUGUCAUGGUGUUCAUUACUUUCUAGCUUAUGGGCGUAGAAAAGGUGGGACAGGUGGGUCGCGGGUACUUGUGGUCCGGUUUAUUGAAUUAAAUUGAAAGAUAUAAAAUAUUAUGUUUCAAAAAAGAACUACCUAAGACUUGUGCAGUACAGAAAUCGAAAUUCUCGUUAAUCUAUAGCCGUGGUAAUAAUAAAUUAAUAUGGUUUAAAUGUAUUCAUAUUCUCCUUGGUAAACCAAAGAGUUUAUAAAGCUGUUUCUCCAAAGCAUUUUGCCGGAUUUGCCCGUAAUCUACAUCCGACAUCCAAAAUUCAAGUAAACACGAAUCCCCGGUGUUUGUGAAUAUUAUUCGAGUAUUUAAACUUUUCGUCGUUAAGUAAGUUCUUUCAAUAUUCACCAGUGUUUAAAAAAAAAAACAUAUUAUAUCAUAAAUAAACUGCUUGCACAAUGGAUUUUAAUAUGGUUAUCAAAGAAGAAUUAAAAGAAAUUAAGCCUGAGCCUAUGGACUUUCCAGAUGUCGAUAUUCAAAAUUCUUGUGACUAUGAUGUUGGCGUAAUUCAAAAUUUAAAAACUGAGGAUUCGAUGGAAGAUAAAAUAAUGGAGCAGAUAUAUCCAAUUCAAAAUCAGCAAUCAGAAAGUGAAACAGAAGAAACAUAUGACGAAUGUUAUUCAUGUUUUAUGUGCAAUGUGUCAUACAAUACACAAUAUGACUUAGAUGCACAUUUGCGUACUCACAUUGAUGAUGAGACUUUUCAUCAUAGUAAUAUUGAUAGUAUAAGUGAACCUUUACCUCAAUCUUCAAUAAAGCCAUCAAAAUACUUCAGAUGCAAUGAAUGUCUAAAAAUUUGUAAAAGUCAACUGUCAUACAAUGAACACAUGUUAACUCAUACGGGAGAAAAACCACAUCAUUGUCGGGUAUGUGAUCGUAAAUUUCGUCAUAUAGCAAAUUUUCGAACGCAUUUAAAAAGUCAUAAUAAUGUGAGAACAUUGAUUUGUUCUCUGUGUCAAAAAACUAUUGUUGGCGAAAAAAAUUACUAUAUACAUUAUAUGGAUGUACAUAAUAAUAUCCGUAAUCCUCGACCUUAUCAAUCUAGUUCAUCUGACAGUGAUGAAGAUUUUAAUCCCAAAGUUUCAUAUUAUAAAAAGAAAAAACUUAAUUCACGAAAGUUUAGAAAAGAUAGUGAACCAUUUGGUCCUUUAUUUGCUAAAAAAGCAUGGGAAAAAAAACAACAAGAAUUGGAAAAUUUUAAUUUAGAUGUUGAAGAAGAAAAAAGUGAAAGAGAUGCUGUUCAGGAAGCUAUUGAAAGUUCAAGACAAGAUAUACAAAAUAUGCUUAGAAAAAGAAAACAACUACUAACCGAUUAUAAUACUGAAGAAUACCAAAAGCUUCUAGAAACUUUAAUAUUAGAAAAAAAUACUACUGGUCAAAUUAAUGAAGCUAAAUUCAUUGGUCCAUUGUUUUGGAAAAAUGCUCUAGUCAAAGCUGGUCUUAUAGAAGAAGAUAUACUUCCUAUGCAAUUUCAAAGUCAACUAAGACUUAUUGAAUGUAUGUCUUGUAGAAAAUGUUUUGCAAGGUUACCAAGAUCUAAUGAAGGUAAUAUUUUGCCAUCUAAACCACCAUGCUCUAGCUGCUUUAUGAUAAAAAAUGAAUCUACAUUAAACAAACAUAAAACUGAAAAUCAUAAUGAAACUCCACCAUUCAUUUGCAAAGAAUGUUCAUUGGAAUCUGAUACUUGGUAUAAAUAUGUCCAGCAUAUGAAAAUGCAUUUAAGAUAUGCAGCAAAAUGUAGUGAGUGUGUAUAUAAUAUGAUGAAUAAACCAGAUAAUGUAAUAUUCUUAUGUGAUGUUUGUGAAAUGUCUUUUGACACUGAUGAUGAACUUAAAGUACAUGUACACACACAUUUAGAAAAUGGACAGAAUAAUGAUAGAUAGUAAUGAUGACUUAAUUUAUAGUUAGCUAUGUAAAUAUUAUUAUUACCGUAUAUUUUAUAUAAUCUUAACAAUAGUUAUCCUAUAGAAAUUUUAGUGAAUAUAACUAUUUUAAAUUUUUUAGUUUUUUGUACUUGUAACCAAUAUGUAUACAUUUUUAUUGAUACCUAUUAUUUAAAAAUUAAUACAAAUAAGUAUUAUAUAUAUAUUAAUUCUAAAAAAUUGUUUUAAUCACACUACAGAAUAAUUUGAGUUAUUUACAAAAUUGCAACUACCAUAAACUUAUCAUUAAUAUAGAAUAUCUAUUGUUAAUGUACAUAUAUAUAUAAAUAAUAAAUAUUCAUAAGUAAAAUGCCCAAAACUAUAAGAGGUAUAUAUUUUUAUUUUAAAUUGUAAAUACAAUUAAUUUAAAUUAAGAUUUAUGGUAUAACAUUUGUAUAGAAUGAAUAUUUAAAAAUUUUUAUUUAAUGGUUUAAAACAUAUUUUUUGAUGUUUUAUAUAUAUUUGUUUGAGUUUGAAUGAUCAUAAAUCAAUUCAAAAUGUGUGUUUUUAUAUUCAUUAUUCACUAUUACUUUUAAUGAUGAUAGUAUUACAAAGAUGUUUUUAUUGUUUUAGUUAAGUUAAAUGCUUGUUAAUACUUAAAAUUCACAUUGGACAAUAUAGUUAUAAUAUUGUAUAGUUAGGUUGGUAAGUACACAAAAUCAAACACCAGUUAAAAUGUUUAUUGACUAAUAACUAACACAAAACUUGUUAUAAUUAUAUGAUAUUGUGUAAUUAUUACAAAUGAUACAAUAAUUUUAUCAUUGUAAAGAAUUAUUCAAUUAUUGGUAUAAACAAAUUUUUAUUGUUUAUAGUUUAUAUUAUGAUUGUUAAGUUAAUUUUAUUUAUCUUGCUAUGAGAACAUUUAUAUAUACUGUAAAGUCAUGUGUAUACAUUAUGUUAAUUUUGUAUUAGAUACCUUUUUUAUUUCGAUUAAUUACACAUUAAUUAUGUGA